AUGCACAAGCUGCUGUACUGUUUUAUUCUCUCUAUAAAGCUUAUUGUGCGUAACUCCCUAUCAGACAUCCAAAUGACUCUGCUCCGUGGAACUGUGCGCACAAAAACUAGUUGUCAGCUGGUUUCAGCUAUUGGAACUCAAAAUUGUACAGUGUGGGAAGGAUAUGAGGUGUCAGAAAUUACACCAGGCAAUUCGAAUACUAGUUACAUUACGUGGAAGAGAUCCGUGCCAAACACCAACCUGAGCCAACCUAUCACCUCCUGCCCAGCUUCUACUGUGAAAUUUCCCACCUGUAAAGUUGGGUGGAAGCUUUUCCCACGUUACAAUACUUAUUGGUGUCUCACGCUAGGCAUCAAUCGAAGGGAACGUGACGGAUACUUGCUACAGUUUGAUCAAAGUUUCAGUUAUGUUGCUUGCAGAUGGGAUGGAUCGGAGUUCAUCGAUGGUAGAAUAAGUGGGCUGGAGAGCAAUGAGGAGAGAGCUUACGCGACGGACCGAGCUUAUCAAAUAAUGAAGCAAAACAUGCGCGAGACAUUGUUCGUAUUCCCAUCAAAUGUGCGACUGGGCUGGGGUGUGUGGGUUGAUGGAGUGAAAGAUGUGGCAGGUCAAGUCAAGUACAGUGACACCACGCUCAACUUAAAACUCGGAUACAAAUGGGAUAUCGGGCAGCCAAAUUGGGUCUCACGAAAGCAGGCAUGCGUUAUGUUAAUGGUUCCGGUAAACCAGAGUAGUAGGAGCAAUGGAAGUCUGAGAACUGCAGAGUAUCUGCGGUCUAUAUAG